CCAACUCGUGAUGGUGCUCGAACGUAAAAUGACAUCAUGACAGCUAAAUAGUGUGCCUGCAACUUAAACAGUAAACUUAAACAAUGGAUUGAGAAAAGUCUGUAUGCUCGUAAUAUGAGGGAAUUUUGUUGCUAUAUCGUGUAUGGAUAACUAAGUCUAAAUAUCUUCUCAAAAAUGUUCCAUGCGUGUCAUAAAAGCGAAACUGACAUCCUCAAACUAUGGACUUUUCACAAAUGAUGCUUAUAUUUCCUGCUCUUCACCUGAAACCACGCGUUCUUCAUGGAUUUACUUUAUUGGACAUCGUAAUAAUGCCACACUUUUAAGCCAUGCGUUACUGCGCUUUCUAAUGAUGAAGUAUGGAGUUAGAGAAUAUCGUAGCUAAUACUGUGUAUAUAAAAGCCAAAAGAAGUGGAGCUGACAGAGACAAGGGUCGGAGUAGAAAGUGGAGAACGCUGUUGGCUUUUCCUCAUAUUUCACAGUGUUCACAUCUCAGGAAAUGUUUAGAUUUAGGUUACGAUUUCAUUGUCGAGCAACAACCUAUCGGAAAAAGAUUAUUUUGGUUGUUUUGUAGGAGUAACAACUUCCUCUCAGAUGUUGUUGAUUUCGUGGAUUCCAUAAAUAAUUAUUCAGUGUGUAUUCCGAAUGAGCGCCGAGCUGUUGGCUUGGGAAUAUACGAGCGUUUCCUGUCGGAUAGGAGCGUUAUGAAUUUCCGUCAGCUUGGGAAUCUUGGCGAAAGUUUGAUUUUAAAAAGUUUAGAGGAAUCUAACGAGUCUUAUCCUGACAAAGAACUUUUUAGUCCUAUUCUUAGGAUUCUUGAAGGUUUCUUGCGAAACUCACCUUUCUCAGAAUUCCUGGACUCGGUUUACUUUGACCGGUAUCUUCAAUGGAAAUGGUUGGAAAAAACUCCAGUUACCAAACAUACUUUCCGAAUGUACCGUGUUUUGGGUAAGGGAGGUUUUGGAGAAGUAUGUGCUUGCCAGGUCCGAGCGACUGGAAAGUUGUAUGCAUGCAAGAAAAUGGAAAAGAAGCGCAUGAAGAAACGACGUGCAGAAAAUAUGGCCAUGAUGGAAAAAGAAACAUUGCAAAGAGUCAACUCUCGCUUUGUCGUUAACUUAGCGUAUACAUUUGAAACUAAGGACGCUUUGUGUCUAGUCUUAACAAUUAUGAAUGGAGGUGAUCUUAAAUUUCACAUCCAUAACAUGAAUAAUGGGAGCGGUUUUAAUGAGAAUAGAGCGCGGUUUUAUGCAGCAGAAAUCACUCUGGGAUUAAAACAUAUGCAUACACAAAAUAUUGUUUAUCGUGAUCUGAAACCGGAAAAUAUUUUAAUUGACGAUCAAGGACAUGUCAGAAUAUCGGAUCUUGGACUAGCUGUGUAUAUUAAACCCGGAGGUACAACUAAAGGAAGAGUAGGGACAUCUGGUUAUAUGGCACCUGAAGUAGUCAUGAACACACCGUAUACAUUCAGUCCUGAUUGGUUUGGAUUAGGUUGUAUUGUGUAUGAGAUGAUAAUGGGACAAGCGCCAUUCCGUAGACGAAAAGAACGAAUUCGACGUGAAGAAGUGGAUCGUCGUGUAUGUGAAGAUAAUGAAGAGUAUAACGGUAAAUUUUCUGAGAAUUCUAAAAAUUUCUGUCAAUCGCUUUUACAAAAAGAUCCCCGUUAUCGACUUGGCUGUGAUGAUGUUGGUUCUGAUGGUGUUAAAUAUCACCCUUGGUUUCACGGUAUUAAUUGGGUCCGUUUAGAGGCUGGUCUCGAAGAAGCACCAUUUCUACCCGAUCCACAUGCAGUUUACGCCAAAGACGUUCUAGACAUUGAACAAUUCUCCACAAUUAAAGGUGUUACAUUGGAUAGCAAAGAUAUGGAAUUUUAUAAACGUUUCUGUUCUGGAGCUGUUAGUAUACCGUGGCAGAACGAAAUGCUAGAAACAGGCUGUUUUGAUGACUUGAAUGAAUUUCGCAAAGAAGAUGGAACUUUAGUAGAUAAUUUAAAUCCUGAUACUCCACCAAUUCAACAGAAUCCCCCCUCAAGUAAUCGAAGUAUUUUUGAUAGAUUGUUUAAACGUAAACGCCAAUCCCUUGGUCCACCGUCAAGUCAAUCAGAAGUGACUAGUCAAGAAAGCACUAUGAAACAAAGCAAAGCUAUGUCAUCACUUGAAGUGGAAAAUGUUACCGUUGAUAGCAUGCCAAGUGGGAAGACAAAUCUGUUGUCAGAAUCAACUGGAGACAAUUUGUCAGACAAAGAAAAUGCAGUAGCACAUAAACAAGAAAAGACUUCAUCUGAUGAUAGACAAGACGAUGGGAAAAAAAUUGAUCAUAUUACCACAGAGAAUCAGAUAUCUAAAACUAACAGUCAUUGUAGCAUGGAUUCAAGCGCCAUAUCUCAUAAAAAUAUUAAAUCAAAGAGUAGACGUUUAACUCUUCCUGUACAUUCUUCAUUUUUAUGCUGUACACAUAGAAAAUAAUAUACUUUUUUCUAUCCUUCUCUUUCUGCUUUUGCUUCUUCAUCUUUUUGUAGAGGAGAUUUUUGUUUCGUUUUACCCGAAUCAACUUUGUAGUCUUCUUGCUUCUUUUCCUAACACAAUGUGUUUUCGUAGACUUUUAUAAAAUGUCUUCCUUGAUAUGUGAAAUUCUUUGAUUAAAGCAAUUAAAGGGGAAAUAAUUUGUCAAUACAGACAAAGACUAAAUCUUUUCCCAGCAUUUUUUCAGAAAAAUCUCCAGUAGAAGAUUGUUACUUGUGUGAUUUAAGGGAUACUUUGACUCGAAUAAUUCGGCGGCAACACUAUUGAUGUCUUAUAGAUCAAAGAUAUAUUGUUGUUAUCAUUAUUUUUCUUUCCUGUCAUCCUUCUGUUCAACUGUGUAAAUGCGUUUUGAUGCAUUUAUGCGUGUAUUUGCUUAUACUCCUCCGUUAUUAUGCGUGUAUAAGCAAGCAACGCCUAUUCUUAACUGUUGUGUGUACUUCUAUUGCUUGGAUUUUGACAAGUAUUUUCAUAAUAUCCUGUUUCAUUAUCAAUGUUUUAUCGAUUGAUUUGUUUGUUUAGUUUGGACACCAGCUUUAUUUGAACGAAUAAGUAUUCCUUUCUGUUUUGUUUUAUUUUGUUGUUAUUUUAGAAACAAAAUGUUUUUAUCUUCGAAAAUUCAUUCACUUCUUUUUAUAAAUCAAUUCGUACAAAUAAUUAUGCGCUUUUACACACUACGAUCUCAGAUUAUUGAAUUUUCUUUUUUGCUUUUUUGUACGUUAUUGUAUGUAAUAUGCAUUGUGCAUCGAAGUCAACUGCAAUCAUCAUGUAUAUCAUUCAAGGUGAUCUCACUUUUUUUAGAAAACAAAAAUUAUUAUGCAUUCAAUGUAUAUUUUUCAUUUCAUUUGUAAACUGAAAUGGUAUUGAAAAAAAAGACAACCGUUUUUUAAGCUGCCUGCUAUUUAAUUUUUUUGUUUUUAUCCUUUCAUUUUAAUUUUAAUUAUACUCUCCAUGAUGCUCUACUAUUCUAGUAAUUUUGAUCUCACUUCCUACUUCCUUAUUGAAUGAAUAACGAAAACUGUUCAGUUGUCCUCUCUUCUGUACUAUUCUCAUUUGCUCUAUAUAUAUGAAUUUAUUGUUUUGAUUAUUCAUAUCCCGGUUUGUUUGUUUUGUUUGCUUGCUUUUCUUCUCCUUGUCACCGCACACACUUAUACAAAUGAUUUCAUCUGCAUAAAUUUACUCAUGGUUGUCUUCACAUUUUACUGCUGUGAAAGUAAAUUAGGCAAAAAGUCAGUUGUGUUUUGAUUUUCUGCCUAUCGAUAUCGGAUUGUAAAUAAUAAAUUUAGAAAAAUAAUAAUAAUAAAUAUCUCGAUUUAUUUGCUUUUCUGUUCCUACGACUUUCUUUUUUUUUGAAUUUGCCUUGGAUGCUUUCUUCUCCCUCUUUCUCUUUGCUUCUCUCUUUGGUACGUCUUUGUCUGUGCUGUGUGCAUUUGUGAAUGGCAUUACAGUGCAAUUAUUGUUAUUUGACAAUCUGUUUUGCAUACAUUUUUCUUUUCAGUUUAUUUGCUUUAUUUUAACAUGUUAUUCACGUUGUGUAUUAUUUUGUACAAAAAGUAUCUUUAACAAGUGAAUUUCUUAUUGAGAUAAAAAUAAAUUGAUGUAUAAAUGCAUGAUUGUCUCAUAAAUAACUUUUCUGUGUAACAAUCUAAAAGAUUUUAUACGCGAUAUGUGCGUUGGUGGCAAAGCGUUAGAAUGCUCGCCAACCACGCCUCAUGUGGUUCGGGGUUCGAUUCCUGGCCG